GCCUGGAUUUCUGACCCGGAUCCCCUCUUCCUGCUCUCUCCCCAUCACGGAACACACCAACCAAAACCCUCCACAAUCUCCAGUGCCACGUCGGGGUUGAACCCAGCACCGACCGCAACCAUGGCCAGGAAAAGGGGGUUUCGCAACAUCGUCAAGGAAUUCAAGACCUACUUUGGCGACGGCCUCCUCGAUGACUGGCAGCGCCUCUGCCGCGACGUCGGUCUCAACGGCGAGUACAGCAGCAUCACGCAGUGCCGGAAGGCUCUGAGGACCGUCCACGUCAACAUCUUCGACCUCCUCGAUGCUGUGAAAGAAGGGAGGACACCACCACACUUCGGCACCGCAGGGGAACUGGCGGAGUACACUUUGGAGACGGGCAGGGUUUACCCAAAGAAGGCGGCGAAGAAGAUGGGACCUGUCAGGGCUCUCUUGCGGAUGAUCUUUUGAUCUCAACACCACCCUGUAUCUAGCAUUAGAGGGAACACUACCACUCCCUCCCUGAAAAUUCAUCGCAUAUC